ACCGAGAUCAAUGAACCAGGCGAUUCACCGAAACUGGUCAGACGAGCAAAGGUGGGAGUGAAACAUCUAUCAAGAGCGAGGUUUUUUAUUUAGAAGAAACCUUUAUCUGCUCAGAGCACGGAUUAUCACUUCACUCCGAAGCCACCAUUGAAGUGUGCGAUGUGGAAAAUUUACAGCUUAUUAUUGUAACCUGAUAUCAACUGAUUUUGAGAGUAGAUUUUUUAAUUCAUCAUUGGUUCACAUUAACACAGUGGAAUACAGGAUGAUCUUCGCAAACACGACCAACCCAAUGAGAACUCCGUCAUAUCGAAAGCAGCCUCCAGUGGCUCCGCCCAACCUCCCGAUGGCCCCGCCCAGCCCGAGCACCAAUAGCAGCACCAACAACAGCAGUAGCAGCAGCACAACCGGCUGGGAGCAACUCAGCAAAACAAACCUCUACAUCCGCGGGUUACUGCCAGGAACCACUGAUCAUGACCUGGUCAAGCUCUGCCAGCCAUAUGGUAAAAUCGUGUCCACCAAAGCCAUUCUUGACAAAACUACAAACAAAUGCAAAGGGUACGGUUUUGUGGAUUUUGACAGUCCUGUGUCUGCACAAAAAGCCGUCGCAGCACUAAAGUCCAAUGGAGUCCAGGCUCAAAUGGCCAAGCAACAGGAGCAGGACCCGACUAACCUGUACCUGUCCAACCUGCCCGUGUCCUUGGAUGAGCAGGAGCUGGAGAACCUCCUCAAACCUUUUGGACAGGUCGUUUCCACCCGAAUCCUUCGGGACACUAAUGGAGUGAGUCGGGGAGUGGGUUUUGCCAGGAUGGAAUCAACAGAGAAGUGCGACGCCGUGAUCUCUCACUUCAAUGGGAAGUUCAUUAAGUCCUCCUCUGGGAUGCUGGGUGCAUCAGAACCUUUGCUGUGUAAGUUUGCUGACGGCGGGCAGAAGAAGAGACAGAGUCAGGCGAAAUACGUCCCCAAUGGACGAACCUGGACACGAGACGCCGAGGUGAGACUAAGUGGAAUGACCUUGACCUAUGACCCUAACACCGCCCUUCAGAAUGGGUACUAUGCUGCUCCUUAUGCCAUGGGGAACCGGUUAAUGGCUCAGCCAGGAAUGUCCCCAUACAUUUCUACAUACCAAGUACUGCUCCUUCAUCUUCACGGUCACAUGGUGUUUCUGUCCAGCAUCUGCUUCCUGGCUAACAUCUGUGUUUGUGUCUCCAGGUCCAGAAUCCUUCAUGGAUGCCACAUCAGCCUUACAUCAUGCAACACCCGGGAGCCGUUCUGUCUCCCUCUAUGGAGCAUCCCAUGUCACUGCAGCCCUCUGCUAUGUUGGCUCCCCUCACCCAGCAGAUGGGCCAUCUCACUCUGGGCGGCACUGCAACCUUUAUUCCUGCCAACACAGCAAUGCCAGGAGCUUACAUCCCUCAAUAUGCCCACAUUCAACCCUCUGCCAUCCCUCCCGAGCAGGAAAGUGGUGUCCAGCCACAAGAUGUGUCCUCUUCAGAUCCUUCAUCGUACCCUUUCCAACCAAACAAGCAAUAAAACGGUUAACCGUCUGAGGUCCGCAGAAUACCGUAACAACAUUUGCUCUCUUUUAGAGGAGGUGACAUCAGAAAGGAAGUGACGCUCAUGCACGGGUUGCAGGAAAAUUGUCCAUGACUUAAUCAUCAACAAGAAACCUCAGAAAACUCUUGUGCAAACAUUUUCUCCAACAAAUCAAGACAAGGCAAUAUUACAUAAACUAGGGACAACGGAAGGGAGCAGAGUUUUAAUUUGCUUGAAAGAGGAAGGAGAAGAUGACAAAUGCUUAUUUUUUACCAAGAACUAUUAACACAGACCAUGUCUGUGAGCAACAUUUAGUGAUGAUGAUAAUGGUGAUGACACCUUUCGAUGCAUGAUGUUUAUUUUUUUUUUUAGUAUGGUUUUUAUUACGUUUUUAUGGACUGUUUUUCAAACAGACAAAAGAAACCAUUUUUGCGGUUGGAGUCGAAAUGAAGAGCUUUCCGUUUGCUUUUUUGGUCUUCCACUCUGGCUUUUAAGUAGUUCAAAUAUUAACCUUUUAAAUAAGGUGGUUGGGGUUUAGAAUGGCUGAUGCAGUGCUUGAUGGCUAUUGGUCCUUGCUCCUGUCUCUCAAAGCAAAGGCUUUUCUGACUUUUAAUGUUGCUCUGAAUCAAACACGUUUGUUUCAGGGAUUGUGUGUCUGGUGUGGAUGAAUCUUCUUUCCACUGAAUCCUAUGUACAGUCUUUCGGUAGAUGUAGAAGUGGAUGUUGAGAUGCGGGUGGGUGGGUGGGGUUUAGUGGGAGGCGGGUUUGAGUGGGUGGGGUCAAGCUAGAUGAGGUAUGUGGGCGGGGCUAAUAAAAGGGAUGUUGUGGAUUUGGGAAAGCUGACAUUGUUCCUUCUGUUCACAGGAUGAUUGCGAUUUUAUUUACAGUGCCAUUUUUAAUUUAUUUAACAUUUUUUCGUUUUUUUUAACACAUCAGGAUUUUAUUUGAUGCUUUGAAAAAAGGCAGAAGUGCAAUGUUUCUUUAGGUAGAAAGCAAGAAACGAUACAAAUUUAUCUGUUUAAUAGACUUUUCUCAAGUCGAUUAAAGAAAAAACGUUUUUUUUUUUUUUUUUUUGCUCUUUUGAAAUCCUUGAAAUAUCAGUAAUGCCAUUUAUUAUGUAAAUUAAACCUACAUCUGUGGCCUAACAGAUACAUUUAUAGACAUACAGUAGCACAGUUUUGCAAAAAUACGUUCCAAAAGAGAAACUUCAAAAAGUUUUUGAAUAAAUAAUGUAAUUAAAACAUUCGUCCUUGCAAUUUAAAAAAUAAAUAAAUGUGCAACUUCAAGGCACCUACUUUCCACCAAAGACCUUUUCUGCCUACUAUUGAACACAAUAGUAUGGACUAUUGCAAUGGGUUUCGAUCAAACUGAAUUGUAGUUUGUGUUUUUUUUUUCCUCAAUCUUGGCUCUCAGCUUUAAUCUAGUUCGUUAGUGUGGACACAUGAUCAUCUCUAAGCAGUUGGAUGGAGGGAAAACUUGAUCACAUGUUCAUAACGUGGUGGUAAACAAGCCUUUCAUCUGUCUGUCAUACAGUUAGUUAAGCAGAUUUCUGUGUGUCUGUGUGUGGUUGUGUAUUUAGAUGUCCAGGUCAGCUUGGCCUUUGAUCUACCUCAGAGUUGUAUCUGUUGUCUGAUUGGUCAGGCUGCGGGUCUAUCCUGUCCAAUCAGAUGUAAAAGCACGAGCUCAGGAGCUGGUGUCAUGCAGAACUUCAUCUUUAUGCGUCUAUUUGUCCUCCUCUUUAAAGAAACUUAUGUUUUGUAUCUGUAUGUCUUUCUGUUGGUGUUUUUUUUUUAUUGCAUUGUGAUGUUUUGAGCUUGACUGUGUGGAGAAUUUCUUUAUGGUCUUUUUUGUCCAUUUUCUUCCUGAUAGGUGCAGCAAAAAAGGAGAGGCUUGUUUAAUUUUUCCUGCAUUUUUUUGGUCUUUUUACAAAAAUCCACAUGAACUACCUUGUCUGGAUUUUUUUUUUUUUUUGCUGCAGCCUCUCCUUGUUUAGAGGCCUAAUCUGAAGAACCAAAGCAAAAUUAUCAUAGUGAAUAGCAUGUGUCAAAAAGCAGCACAUCAUAGACCUUCAUUGGAGAAAUAGUGUCUUUUAUUUCAGAUGUCAAAAUAAAAGCUUCCAAACUGCAAUCAUUCACACAGUGUAUAAACAGGACUGUUGUUGAAAUACUGAAUUUUUUAAAUUGUUUUAUUGAACACCAGCCACUUGCACGUCCAGAAUUAGUUUGUUUUUAUUUCUUUAUUUUUUUUUUCUGUAGUGAAAAGAAAAGAUUUUUGAAUUAAAAGAGCUUAAACGUG